GAAAGUCUGUUCAAACGCAGCUGGCGUCGGACACCCUUCGUCCCUUCCGUGGAAUACUAUCGCAAUCAUUUUCUUUGACUGCAACUCUCUCUCUCUCUGUACUUCGUAUAUUGUAUCAUCUGAUUUUAUUAUUGUUCGUGUAUUUACAGUUGUAUUUCUUUCGAAUUAAUGAAUCCAUAAGCCCUUUCAUUCGAAUCUCAAUCAAAAACCCCUAGAUCUGAUCUAACUUCAUCCAAGCUUUAUGUGAAACUGUGAUCCACCGAAUUUGAAGAAAUGCCGGUGGCAGCUUCCGCUAUAUACUUCUUGAAUCUCCGUGGCGAUGUCCUCAUCAAUCGCCUCUAUCGCGAUGACGUCGGGGGAAAUAUGGUGGAUGCUUUCCGAACGCACAUAAUGCAAACAAAAGAACUUGGUACAUGUCCUGUGCGGCAGAUUGGAGGGUGCUCUUUCUUUUACAUGAGAAUUAGCAAUGUCUACAUAGUCAUCGUCGUCAGUAGCAAUGCUAACGUGGCUUGUGCAUUCAAGUUUGUUGUUGAGGCAGUUGCAUUAUUCAAAUCUUAUUUCGGUGGAGCUUUUGAUGAAGAUGCUAUUCGCAAUAAUUUUGUUCUGAUCUAUGAGCUGUUGGACGAGAUCAUGGAUUUUGGUUAUCCUCAAAAUCUGUCGCCUGAAAUUUUGAAGCUUUACAUCACUCAGGAAGGUGUACGCUCACCGUUUUCGUCCAAGCCUGCAGAUAAACCAGUCCCCAAUGCAACUUUGCAAGUUACGGGUGCCGUUGGCUGGCGUAGGGAAGGCCUUGUUUAUAAAAAGAAUGAGGUGUUCCUGGACAUUGUGGAAAGUGUUAAUCUUCUUAUGUCUUCAAAAGGUAGUGUUCUGCGUUGCGACGUUACUGGGAAAGUUCUUAUGAAGUGCUUCCUUUCUGGAAUGCCUGAUCUGAAGUUGGGCUUAAAUGAUAAAAUUGGCCUCGAGAAAGAAUCGCAACUUAAGUCACGUCCCGCAAAGAGGUAG